UGCGCCUCCCGGCCGCUGGGUGUCGCUGUGUGUGACGCGCGUCGCUGGAAUCGUCCCGUUCUCGGUCGCUGUCCAGCACUGAGCGUUCAGCACUGCGCGCGGAGGACAGCUCCCGAUCCUCAGAGGAACACACACACACACACCAAACCACCGCAAAACCAGAGGAACACACACACCAGACCACCGCAGAACCGCAUCCUCAUCCACAACACCAACCGAGUGCCGUGGCCAUGUACGAUGGGGCGAGGGUUCCCUCCCCUGAGGACGCCACUAACGGGGUCCCGCUCCAGCCCGAGACCCCCGCGACCACACGACCCAAAGCCAGCGAAGAGCCCGAGGAAGAGGAGGGCGUGCCUGAACCUGUCCUGGUGAAGAAGGCUCACCGGGAGAUUCUGGACCAUGAGAGGAAGAGGAGGGUGGAGCUGAAAUGCAUGGAGCUGCAAGAAAUGAUGGAGGAGCAGGGAUAUUCAGAAGAAGAAAUCCGGCAGAAGGUGGGAACGUUUCGGCAGAUGCUGAUGGAGAAGGAGGGUGUGAUAACUCGAGAAGGCUUGCACCCGCGUCCACCGGUCAGGCUGCUUCCUCACGGGGACGAGGAUCAUGUGGAGAACGCUGCGUACAUUGACGGCUAUGAGCAACACUACGAGUGGGACGGAGAAUAUUAUGAGCAAAAUUCAACUGCCCACGAUGACUCCAGAUCCAAAAGGAAAUCCAGCAGUUCAACUUCCCCUCGGCCAAAGAAGAGGAAAAAGAAGAAGGCAAGAAGACACAGUCGAGCUGACAGCCCUUCUCCCACCCGCAGAGACAAGAGGAAGAAGAGCGGAAAGAAACACAAAAAAGACAGGUCCACAUCUGGCUCGAGGAGGAAGAGGAGACACAGAUCUGGCAGCCCCAAAAUCAAACACAAAGACAAGAGCAAACAGAAGAAGAGGUGUUCAGGCGAAUCUCCCAGCAGGAGUUCUCAGCACAGAGGCAGUUGCUGUAGUUCCCGCAGUGGAUCCGUCUCCUCCACCGCCAGCCUCUCCAGAUCCCCCAGCAGAUCAAAUGCAAAGUGCAAGAACGACAGACACAAACAGGAGGGAAGUCACUCGGCCCAGACCCCCCCGCCGUCCCCCAGCGCUGACCAGCCAAUCACGUGGCAGAACGGGAACCACAGCGUCCGUGUCCGCAACGGCAAAGAUUCUGGAGCCAAUCACACGGAGGCGAAUAAAGGGAACGAUAAGCUUGGAUCUCUGGCUCCGUCUCCUUCGAGCGCUUCUCCUCAUCUGAGAGGUGUGAAACAUCACCCCGCUCUUCCCAAGAGUCCCGGAGGAUCCGCGUUCCCGCCGGGAGAGGACGACGGGCCGGUCUCAGAGUCGUCCGGGAGACGCAGCGGGAGACCGAGGGUUCGAGAGAAAGCGUCUCGCUCGCCGGCGCACAGCAGCGACUCCCGGCGGGAGACACACGCUAAAAACAAGAGUCAGAAGAAAACGAAAGGAUCUCAUUCGUCUAAGCGGCACCAUCGCGGACGCGCUCAAACCCGGCACCGGAGUUCCUCUGUGUCACCGGGCCGGCACAAACACACGUCCAAGAAGAAGAAGAGCAAGAGUCACGGGACGGGCCGGCAGAGGAGCAGCUCCUGGAGCAGCGAGAGGUCUUCAUCUCGAGAUCAUUCCAGAGAGUGUGUAUCCAGCAAGAACAAGUCCCCACACGCACGCCAGAACAACUCCAGGGAGAGAGACAGCCCUCAUCACUCGGAUGCGGAGAGAUCUCGUCGUCGUUCUCGCAGUUAUUCCCCCAUCCGGAAGAGACGGAGAGACUCGCCCAGCUUCAUGGAGGCUCGCAGGAUCACCAGCGCACGCAAGCGGCCGAUCCCGUACUACCGGCCGAGCCCGUCCUCUUCCAGCUCCGCCAGCAGCUUCAGCAGUUCCAGUCGCAGUCGCAGCCGCAGCUACAGCAGUUUCAGCAGCCGCAGUCGCAGUCGCUCCAGGAGCCCGAGUCCCACACACAGUUACUACAGCCAAAGCAGCUACGAGAGCCCCGGAUUCUGAGACCCACUGAAGGUACGGGGGGGACGCCAGAGAACAGCUCACGCGUGC